AAAUUAUUUUAAUUUAAUUUUGGUGAAGAAGCUGAGAAGGUGGAGAUGGUGGCUUCCAGUUUUUCCUCUUCACGGACCUCACCCUCUCUCUCUCUCUUCAUCUCUCUCUCUCUCUCUUCCAUUGAUUUUCAAUCUCCCAUUUCUCCAACUCUCCACAAUCUCUCUCCACUUUCCCAUCAUUUUUCCUUUCUUUUCUUUUCUUUUUUUUUUUUUUUUUAUUAAAUCCGUUAUGAGGAGAGGGAGAGGGCCGCCCGUUGUACCACCCCCGCGUGAACCACCACCACCACCACCACCAGCAACCACCGGAUCCGACCGGAGAUAUAGAGGUGUUAGAAAAAGGCCAUGGGGAAGAUUCGCGGCAGAGAUCAGAGAUCCAUGGAAGAAGACCAGAGUCUGGUUAGGCACCUUCGAUUCCGCAGAAGACGCCGCCCGUGCUUACGACAACGCUGCCAUAACCCUCCGUGGCUCUAAAGCUAAAACCAAUUUUCCCCUUCCCAAUCCCACCUCCUUUUUCGAUUAUCCUCCUCAUCCCGUCAACGCUCCAGAUCCCUUCCCCGAUCCCCGAUUUCAGAUUAGACCUACUUCCAGUAGUUUGAGUUCCACCGUUGAAUCCUUCAGCGGUCCUCGCCCUCCCUCCUCCCUUCCCACCCUUACUACCACUUCUCCCUCUCGUCGUUACCCUCGUACUCCCCCACUUCUCCCUGAGGAUUGCCAUAGCGAUUGCGAUUCAUCUUCCUCCGUUAUUGACGACGGCGACGACAUCGCUUCCUCCCCCGUCGUUCCUCGGAAAAAAACCCCUCUGCCUUUCGAUCUCAACAUUCCACCUUCCGAUCUUUUUGAUUUUAGCGGCGAUGAUCUUCGAUGUACUGCUUUGUGCCUUUGACCACCGGCGGCGAUGAUGAUGAUGAUGAUGAUGAUGCAAUAAUUCAAUAUUUUAUUGUUGUUGUUAUUAUUAUUAAUAUUAAUCUCCACCUUUUUUUUUAAUUUUUAUUUUAUAUAUUUUUUUUUUAUGUGCUGGCACGGCAGGCAUAGAGAAAAGAGAAAUUACCCGACAAGAUUAUGAAAAAUCAAAAGCAAUGAUUUAUCCACACAACUA